UAAGAUGUAUCAUUAUUAUCGUGAGGCGAAUUUGUGUACAAACUCUGACAAACAUGAGUUAUGACCAUGCUACUCGUUACGUUUGUGUUAGCUGAUGUUAUGAUAGCGACACGAGAUCAUCCCUCUUUAGUUUUUUCUUUUUCCGGUAGGCCCCUUUGUAAAAGAAGAAAAAAAAACUUUAACGAGUGAAAAGAAGCAGAAAGCAAACGCAGCGGCAUCAUCCAUGGCGCCGGCGAUGUCAGAUUGGUCUGCACUCCCGAUGGAUCUUGUGAAUCUGAUAUCACAGGGAAUCGACACUGAAAUCGAUCUCAUUCGCUUUCGAUCAGUCUGUUGCAAUUGGCGCUCUUCUUCCAUUCGAAAGCACCAUCUUAACAUUUUACCCUUCGAAUUUCCACUCUUCAAAUUCCGAUCUCUAUUUGAUUCCAUCAUCAACGAUAACACUAUUCCAUUCUUCUGUUACCUCUCCAAAUGCAGUUUCUUCCUCAUCAAACCACCACAUGAACAACAACAAACCCUAAUUCGUCAUCGUCCUUGGUUGGUAAGAAUUCGCCAAUACUCAAAUGGCAAAACCCAAAUCUUAAACCCACUCAUCUCAUAUCAAUCACCUUUUGAUUCACUUCACUCCAUCGACUUCAACAAACUCUCUGUCAUCCAUUUAGGAACCGAUUUCAUUGUUCAUGAUGAUUCCUUGCUCUAUGACUACAUGUACCCUGAAAAGAUCGUUGCUUUCACGGGCAACGAGAAAAAACCUAUUGUUCUUGGCGCGUUUACCACUACCUCAAAACCAAUACUGUUGAAAUGCAGCAACGAGAAUCGGAACGGUAUUCCUGUAAUGACUGCCUGGUUUGAAGACAUCUGCAUUUUCAAAGGGCGGCCUUAUGUGGUACACAAAACUGGACGGACAGCUACUCUUGGACUGGAUGACUUCACUUUCGAGUUAGUGGCUGAAUCUUUGGUUUCUGGUGGGGGGGACAUCAAAUUCUUAGUCGAGAGUGACGGUGAUUUGUUGUUAGUAGAUGUUUAUGAGUCUAUUGGUUUUGAUUUAAUGGUUAAUGUGCUUAGGCUUGAUGAGAAGGAGAUGAGAUGGGUGAAUUUGAUGAGUUUAGGGGAUAGGGUUUUGUUCUUGGGGAAUGGAUGUUCGUUUUCUGCUUCUGCUUCUGAUUUGUGCGUUUCCAAAGGGAAUUGUGUCAUCUUUAUUGAUGACGCCAUCCUCAAUUUUAAUUUUGAAAACAUUCUAUAUGGGAAUUGCAUUUUUGACUUGGUUGAAGGUCGGGUUUCGCCUUUGUGUGACUGUCCUGAAUAUUUUAACUUGUUCUGGCCACCUCCGGAUUGGAUCGUCAAAAGAAGCUGAAUGCAUAACUGAACUAUAUGUUUACCAACAAACUCCUAAUUCGUGAUUACAUGUUCAUAUGAAGAGAUGCUGCAAAAUGAGGUGGAAUUUGGUCUGUUGGAUAGGCAGUUCUAAUGGAUUCUUCAACUCUCCUUUGUAAGAAAGUUAUAUUGACGGUGCUAUAAACUUGAAACUCAAUUGAUUAGUUAGACUUAUAUCUCAACUAAGUUUACUUACUGUUGAGCUUGACUAGUGAUUUCACAAGUUCCAAUAUAUUAUAUUUGAGCAUACAAAUAUAAUAGUGGGAUAAGGCUUGGUGGUUGUUGUUGUUGUAUACAAAUUUACAGACUUGAGUCGGAUGGAAAUGUUUUACAAUUACCAUGUAUAAGUCUUUACUUGUUAUAGUUUUCCUUUGAUGUGUGUUGGAUAAAACAAGCAAUUACUAGAAAUAAUUCGUCCAUGUCUUUGUGAUCUAGAA